AUGACUAUCUGUCCUGGUACUUGGACAAGAAUAGGGUUAGGGUUAAAACAGUCCAAAACAUCCAGCGAUGAUCCACGCAGCGAGGGUCCCCAGCCCGGGGUCUACGGCGAGGAUCCGCAGGCCAGAGCCCCCGACGAUGACCCACGCAGCGAGGGUCCCCAGCCCGGGGUCUACGGCGAGGAUCCGCAGGCCAGAGCCCCCGACGAUGAUCCACGCAGCGAGGGUCCCCAGCCCGGGGUCUACGGCGAGGAUCCGCAGGCCAGAGCCCCCGACGAUGAUCCACGCAGCGAGGGUCCCCAGCCCGGGGUCUACGGCGAGGAUCCGCAGGCCAGAGCCCCCGACGAUGAUCCACGCAGCGAGGGUCCCCAGCCCGGGGUCUACGGCGAGGAUCCGCAGGCCAGAGCCCCCGACGAUGAUCCACGCAGCGAGGGUCCCCAGCCCGGGGUCUACGGCGAGGAUCCGCAGGCCAGAGCCCCCGACGAUGAUCCACGCAGCGAGGGUCCCCAGCCCGGGGUCUACGGCGAGGAUCCGCAGGCCAGAGCCCCCGACGAUGAUCCACGCAGCGAGGGUCCCCAGCCCGGGGUCUACGGCGAGGAUCCGCAGGCCAGAGCCCCCGACGAUGAUCCACGCAGCGAGGGUCCCCAGCCCGGGGUCUACGGCGAGGAUCCGCAGGCCAGAGCCCCCGACGAUGAUCCACGCAGCGAGGGUCCCCAGCCCGGGGUCUACGGCGAGGAUCCGCAGGCCAGAGCCCCCGACGAUGAUCCACGCAGCGAGGGUCCCCAGCCCGGGGUCUACGGCGAGGAUCCGCAGGCCAGAGCCCCAGACGAUGAUCCGCGCAGCGAGGGUCCCCAGCCCGGGGUCUACGGCGAGGAUCCGCAGGCCAGAGCCCCCGACGAUGAUCCACGGGUCUGUGCUACAAGAGCGGACUCAGUGUAA